AUGGUUGCGACCUUCUCACCUCACCGGGACUCCGGAGGCACCCUCCAUCUCUCAUCUCACUCGCCCCUCCAUCACGUCGAUGCCAGUUCCGCCAUUAGACAGCUUCGGCGCUCUUUGUCGCGCUCGCCAUCCAAGAGCUCCAACUUCUUCCUCAACUCCCGCACUCACUCACCGUCAAAGUCCACUACAUUCAUUUCCUCACCUCUGUCGCCCUCGCGGCGAUCCUCCCACAACAACUUUGUCCUUUUCCCUUCCACUGGACAACAAUCACCUCUCGCAGUCCCUUAUCCUCCCAGCGCAAAGAUCACUCGGCCGGUCAUGCGUCGAAGAACGUCUCCCCGCAGUCCGGCAAAAUGCGCUCUCACCGUGUCUGCUGAUGGGGGUAACUCAGUCUCGUCUCAGCCUAUUCCCAUCAUCGCGCCUGGUGAAGAGAACGCCUUGACGCUGGAUGAUUUGGCCGAUCCAAGUGAGAGUAAUUCUUGCGCCACUCCUUGUCUCAGCACUACACCAACUGCCCCCCUCGGUGAAUCAACGUUUGGGCCUCGUCCUACCCUGUCGCGUAUUGAAAAGCGUCGCAGCGGGACCUUUGGUUCCUUCGCGACUGUCAGUCCCUUAAAGCGCAGUGACGGCAUCAUGAAUCUCGACCAAGCUUCCCGCGGUAGCCCCUCGGCCAAGCGACGCAGCGUUCACGCGUCAAACUUUGCGGCUGACUUUAGCAUUUUCGACCAUGAAAGUGAAACUGCGCCUGCAAGUCCCGCUGGAAAUGGCGAUGAGGCUACUUCCUACUUCCCCACUCCUCAACCUCACAACCCGUUCGCGACCAUCCCUAAGCGAUCUUCCUCACUCCGGCGAUCGACUCUCCAACAGCGCCAAGUAGAGCGCCCUCUCUUCGGCCCCCGCAGGGGUCUGGGUGAGACAGAGGCCUCGCCCGGCACCCCGCUAGCAGUUCGACCUCGUAUGUCCUUUGACAGCGGCCUUUUCCAGUCAAGCCAGGAGUCUUCAAGUCUCUUUUCCCCUCGCCCUCCUCCUGCCAGUCCUCUCUUCUCUCCCGCUCCUCCCGCCAUCAACACCAACACAUCCAACUUUGGAACCACUCAGCCUUCUCGCCCUUCUGCUCAUCCUCUCUCCCGUACCAUCACCCAAUCCUCCUCUGGGUCGAGUCUGGAGGACUCGCCAACUCAUGAGCACGUUCAAAAGCCCGAGCGUGCGCUGCGACCCUUCAUGAACUUUUCCAAGUCACUUCCAGCUGGUGCCACGCGGCCUGCGCCGGUGCGCCGGGUGACACGUGAAGAGACAAGCUCAACAGAGUCAUUCGCGACGCCAGAAAAUUACAAGCUGGUCAAGCCUCUGCCUGCUGCGUUCAUGUCGACUGGGUUAAUUUCGAAGAAGAAUCGUAACGCAGAGGAGGUGCACGGCGGGGGAUUCAACAAGAACAUGCCUGACACUCCAUGUAAGCGUCCAGUCAACAUGUUCACGGCUGGUGCGGACUCUCCCCUUCCUGAGAGUAGUUUCUUCAACAAGUCUCAGUUUGGUCGACAGCUCGAGGCAGUGUCCGCGUCUCCAUUCAACCCACCUGCCUCGUCUGCUCGCCCAAAGGCUGGUCCGUUUGCUCGCGGCAUGGGCAUUUUUGGUAACAGUUUCACUCGCCCGGAACUGUCGCGUCGCGGAAGUGUCGUGAGCGUGGAUGGGGAGGACAUGCUGCAGGCCCAGUCCCCUUCGUCACGCGACGAUAGCCAGCCCAUGACCGAUUCCGAUCUCCCUCCCACCCCCACCAAACAAACAUUCCUUCCAUCUCGCACCUAUCCUCCUGCCACCUCUCAAAUCGCCUCUCUGGAGCGUCUGUCCGAAUCUCGAGGCAGCACCCACUCCACCCCCCUGCGCGACCGAUUCUUACAGGCCUCUACUACUCCUCGCACCCCUCGCGACCAGUUCUUCCCUCCCGACCCUAGUGGCUUGUCCAUCUCCGCACCGAAUGAUCAACAGCCUCCUCAACUCGACUUCGGUAGCAGCCUCAAUCUCCCUGCUACCCCGACUCAGCCUCGCGAGUCGUUCCUCUCAAGUAAAGGGGCCAGCCUCCUGCUCAGUGGUUAUCAGGCCCCGGAUGUCGACUCUAGUUUGACCUCGCGCUUUGCAAAGGUUGAGCUCAUCGGUACUGGGGAGUUCUCCCAGGUCUUCCGUGUUGCUGAGCCACAUGACACAGCAUACUCCUCAGUGUUCUCCUUUCCAACUGGUGAGCGCCAGUCGCCUACGAAAUUGGCUCACCAGGUCUGGGCUGUGAAGAAGAGCAAGCAACCCUACACGGGAUUGAAGGAUCGUGAGCGUCGUAUUCGCGAGGUGGAUAUUCUGAAGGCGCUAGUUAGUUCGGACCAUGUCGUUAACUUCCUGGACAGCUGGGAGGUUAAAGGCCAUCUGUACAUUCAGACUGAGUUUUGUGAGGAGGGUAGCCUGGACGUCUUCCUGGCCCGCGCUGGCCUAAAGGCGCGAGUGGAUGACUUCCGCAUCUGGAAAAUUCUUCUCGAACUCGCUUUGGGAUUGAAGCAUAUCCAUGACAACGACUUCAUUCACCUAGACCUAAAGCCUGCCAAUGUCUUGGUCACCUUCGAAGGUGUUCUGAAGAUUGCCGACUUUGGUAUGGCCACCCGCUGGCCUGCUGAGCAGGGCUUCGAGGGUGAAGGUGAUCGCGAAUACAUUGGACCUGAAAUCUUGAUGGGUCAGUUCGACAAGCCUGCCGAUAUCUUCUCCCUCGGCCUGAUCAUGUUUGAGAUUGCUGGUAAUGUGGAGCUUCCCGACAAUGGUCUAUCUUGGCAGAAGCUUCGCAACGGCGACAUGAGCGAUGUGCCCAGCUUGACGUGGAGCUCGGAAACAAGCAUCUUCCGUGAUGCCUCUGGUAACCCCAUCUCCGAGGAGUCGUCCUUUGAAGAACUCUGCGCAUCUGACCUCGGAGAUCACGAUUUUGACGGUUUCCUGUCCGUCCCCAAAGCCCACAAGCCAUCCCGAGCCGCUCGCAGCGGUGAGCUUGUCCACCCUCCCGACUUUAUGAUCGAUGCUCGCCAUGAUCAAGCUUUGGACAAGAUUGUUGGCUGGAUGAUCUCUCCCAAACCGCAGGAUCGACCCACUGCCGACCAGAUUCUGGAAACCUACGGUGUGCAAUUCGUGAACCGCCGUCGUCGCGCCGGUGCCACCGUCUUUGAGGGCAACUGGGGGCCUGCUGACGAGAUGUUGGCCGAGGAUGCCGAGAUGAUCGAUGUGUAA